GCUAACCCGGACGCGGUCGCUCCCGUCUCGUUCCGCGCUCCGUCUCCCGUCGCUCGCCCCGUCUCCCGCCGCCUCCUCCUCCUCCUCCUCCUCGCGACGUCUCCCCGCACCGCGUCGCCCGUCCGCUGCUCGCGUCGCGCCGCGCGCCUCGAGCACCGCGCGGGCUCUGGACGCGCCUCGCAGGUGCCGCCGCAGGCCGCAGGGCCCCGGGUCUUUGUCUCCAGCAGAGGCGCCAUUGCGCGGCGACCCGACGCGGCGCCAGCUCCACUCGCAGCUCCGGGCCGGCCACCCCAACGCCUCAACGCCGCCUCCUCCACACGCAGCUCCGGGCCGGCCACCCCAACGCCUCAACGCCGCCUCCUCCACACGCAGCCGACGACUGCUGCGCCACACGACGGCAAUCAUCCCGCUAUUGAGCGAGGAGGCAGCGUUGUCACGAUGGCGUCGGCAUCGGCGAUUGACCCACGCAUGAACUUUGGCGCGUGGCUCACAGCUCACGGCAUGAGCGCCAAAAUUGCGCGCGCCAUGAGCAAAGAGCUGGGUAUCAGCGACUACAACACGCUACUGGCUUGCGCCGAGCACCCCCACGUGCGCAUUGAGCUGUUCGCCGUGGCCAAGGCGCGCCUCCCGUUUGCGUUCUACGCCGUGCUUCGCCGCGUCAUCGAGGGCGUCUCCAUCAAGCGCCCCAAGGGCGGCGACGCCGGCGCCGAGGGCACCAGUCGCUCGCUCCUGGAGACCAUCGUGGUGGUGUUAAACAGCCUCAGCCAGGAGCUCUUUCAGUCGGCGCAGCGAUUCUGCUCGCUCGACCCCGCGCUCUAUGCCAACGCACUUGCCGCAGCCUCGGCCGACGGCCCCGCUGGAGAGAGCAGCCCCUGUCAGCGGCAUCAGCACGCGGACACGGGUAACGCGGCGCCAGGGAGCACAGCGUCAACACCGUUCGCCCACACAGCACCAGCGUCUCAAAGUGCUCGCACGGAGGAGUCUGGGCGCGAUUCCCUUCCACUGGACGGGAACCACUUCUCGGCGGAGACCCCGGGGGUGGCGCCGCAUUUCUCAGAGAACCGGCACCUGGAGAAACGUGAGGGCCACGGAGCCGCGGAGGGCGGAGUGGAGUCGGGGGGCGUGUACGGGCAGCCCGGCGGUGCGCAGGCCGGCGCGCAAUCCUCUUGCGACAAGGAGUUUGGCACGUCGCCCGGCGGGGGCGGCAGUGCCCACCUGUUGGCGUCGGUGCGCGCGGCGGCGGCCGGGGCCUCGGUGAAGCCGUACCGGCCUGUGCAGUGCCAGGAGUGCGGCCAGGGCUUCGCACACAAGUCGCACCUGCUGAUCCACCAGAGAACGCACACAGGCGAGAAGCCGUACGGCUGCGAGGAGUGCGGCAAGACGUUCGCGCACUCCUACAACCUGGCGCGCCACCGCCGCACGCACACGGGCGAAAAGCCCUUCAAGUGCGACGUGUGCGGCCGCGGAUUCACGCAGUCGGGCCACCUCUCGAAGCACAAGCGCAAGCAUGUGGACAAGCAGGUGGGCGAGGUGUACGCGGGCAUCGGCUUCUCCCACCUCAGCAGCCUCAUCCAGCACAACGCGCCGCACACCAGCUCGCUGCCAUAUUACCGCUAGCUCUCCGCGUGCAUCUUACCUGAACAGGAGGGGCAGGUGCAUGCGAGCUCACGGAUUCUGGCUUAUGGACGCCUCUUUGGCAGCCGACGUCGCCGCUGGACGCUCGUGGGGUCCACGCUGUGCGCGCUUCGUUCCGAACGGGCGUCGGGGGGGAUGUGCUGGGCGUGCGGAAGGGACCUGCUGCGUGUGGGCGUCGGGGAUUGCCAACGUCAGGUUGUGUUUUGGACUCGCGCGGUGAUGGGUAUUGACGUUGGGACCUGUGCUCGCGUGCCCUGGUCGCCCAGGCUUCCCCUCACCGAGCACCCAGCCCGGAGACCACCCUGGCUCCAGGAUCCCCGAACAGGUGAUCGGGACCGAUGAGGGGCAGCUCUUAAUCCGAGACGUUCACGCCAAGACCUUACCAAAGUGAACCCAAUGCUGCUGUAUAUACCACACCCCAUUACUUACGUAGCCGAUAAAAAAAGUACUGUCUAUAACGUACAUAUAUAUUUACGCCUUCCGAUGGAGGUCUAGUGUGUUUUAUAGUUAAGCAUAAGUUGCUGUAGCUGCAAGGUGUUGAGUGUGCUGUGAGCUCGUGGCUGUGUGUGGGCCAGUGAGAGAUGUGUAUUACAUGUAAAGAUAAUACACAAAAUGGGCGAGGGGGAUGAUUACAACCGUAAAGAAAUUGAGGAAAUGGUGUUGGAACCCAGCCGGUGUCAUUUUGCAUUGUAACCGACUUCACGGACUGGUGUUGGACCUCUUUAACCACUUCUAGUGGCUGGCACUUGUAUUGUUUUGGCACCAUCGUUGCGGGUUUGGCGAGUGUCCUGCGAGUGAUGAUUUUUCCCAAGGUGCGGCACAUGGAGGGACGCCUGCGUCGCGUGUCGCUGCUCGAGACACAGAAAUGACCUCGGAUGUCUCUUCGAGGUGCGACGGAGCCUGGCUCUCCGGAGCCUUAUUCCUACAGCAGGCCUGCGACUCCCUCUCGAUCCAGCCACUUCGCAUUUACUAAAAGCGCUUCCAGAAUGCAACGUGAAGCACUUUGUUGAUGUCACUCAGGCUCUCAUGCACAGACUGCCUGAGCUGGUGAGUGUGGAGAGCCGGACGGCCUGGCUUCCUGUUCGGAGUCGACCGUGCAGAAACUCUUGGUCAGCUUUGUGGGGACGAGUGGUCCGUGUGUAGAGCAGCCAGGCGUGUAUUCACGUACAUUGUCACUCCCGACGCUUGCCUGUUUCCCUUCAAACACUGCUGCUGCUUUCCCCGUGGGUGCCUGGGGUGCGUGUACCCUGCGAUGGUGGCAUGGCAGCGUUUUUUGGCGAAUCAAGAAUGGCUGCCGUUGAGUUCCUAUCCCUCAAAGCGUUCCAGACACAUCAAUCAGUGUUAGUGAUGAGCUCCUGUAAAACUGCGUUGUUUCAUGUUCUCGGGUUUUCAGCACCGUGCAUAAGUGGGAAAGACAGCUGCGGGUCACAGCAGUUAUCCUGGGUGCAUUCCCUCUCCCAGCGCGAUGGAAUUGCAGCUGCGGUGACGCAUGAGUAUCUGUGGACCCUCGCCAGACAAACGCUCACCUUGAGCUGAACUCUGGGAAGAAACCCUAUUUCUGUAGGGUGCAGUCGAGGCAGGUUCAUUGUGCCUCCUGUCCGAUUUCUGAGAGCCGUUAUGCCGCGACUGUGGUCACUCCAGUUGUGGAGCACUCGCUGCGCUGGAGGGGCGGACAGGCUCUCGUGAGAGGCAGAUGCUCCUACCGAUACUGGAUUGCAGUAUAAGCAAGUUGUGCCGCCAACUAUGCUCACACCGAGGCAUUGGUCUUCAUCACACAUGAAGACCAAUGCACGUAAGAAAGUUCAGCCAUUGGCCACUAUCAUUGUGCCACCCUGCAGGCCAUGAUGAUUAUUUCAGUGAGUAAUAUGGUUCACAGCAGAAGAAUGGAAUGUGCAUGCCCAGAUGGGAGCCCCCCACAAUGGGCCAAGUGGAGAGCCGGAGUAAGGCUUGCAAGACCUCGAGGGAGGGGAUUGUGGUUCUGCCCUCGGCUCUGCACAGGAGUGGGCACAGCUGAGCGUAUGACUUGAAGGCACUGCCCACUAGCUGCACCACACGCUGCAUCAGAUAUGCUGAGCUGGGAGUGAAGAGCCCCACUGGAGUAGAAUAAUAUUCAGUAUUCAAUUGUUUUUUUAAAUUCCACCAACUGUUCGUCACUUCAGCUUAACCACAUUACCUCGUAUGGGUAUAGCACCCCCCUUGGGUCGUUAUUUAUAAACCCCAUACGGGCACCUUCAUUUUUUUGUUAAUAGAUUUUAGGAAUGCAUACUGGUUGCAUGAACCUUUCUAACCUUAAUUUGAAUUUCAUCUCUUGCGUUGCAACUUUUAAGCACGAGGCUGCCACCACCGCGUGUAAGGGCACUGCAGCUGGUGCUGCGCCACCACCAUUGGGGGUUUUAUGUGAGGAUGGAGGGCGGCCUGCACACCAUGGCGCGUUCCCCUCCAGCGCCCUGUGCGUGCGUUGAGGGAGCACCUGAUGGGAGGCUGAAUUCCAUCACUAUAGAGGCUAAUCCAGUGCAAGUUCUGUGACAUCAGCUUAUAAUGAUGUUUGCACAGACAACAGUAUAAUUUUGUUUUAUGUAGCUUAUUAAAGGUGUAUUAUGAUGUAUUAUACAAUUUGGUUUUUCAGUAUAAUGCGAAGAGACAGAUAUUAAGAUGCGGUGACAUGUAUGGUUUUGAGUAACGACUGUGCCCGGGCACCUCUCGACACGACGUGAGUUGUACCAGGCUUGCUCUGCUGUGCAUGAUGGUGCUGUUUGGUGUCUGUGAUGUGUCCAGAUGCCGGCAGCACAGUUUGGUUUCUUGCGAUAUUAAAUUACAAAAGGAGAGAGGCGUCUCGCUGGAUGUGUGGUGAUCACAAUAACUAAUGUAGGGCUUUUUAAAUUAGGUAAACGGAUGUCAAGUCAGCAGGACAUGUCACCCUGACAUGUACUGGGACCAUGAGCUGGAAUUCACCAGGCUGUCUGCCCACCGGAUCGUAUCGCUGCUUACACUUUGGCACCUCCAGAACGCAGAGCCUGCACACUGCUGCUCGCCCCUGCACAAUGGGGUGCACGCAUGCCUCGCAAUU